GAGCCAACGGAAGCGAGCGGGAGGGAGAGGAGGGAAAAUGGCCGCCAGGGAGGCAGUCAGGAGCGGGGUUGGGUUUGACAAAGCCCCGCCGGGAAGGAUUUAGUUGUUACCUCACGGGGCUUGUUCUCUCUCCUCCCCCCCCCCAUUAAAACAUGAUUAAAACGGAGAAAACGCUGCACCUGAGGAGCUGCAAGGGCAAGUCUGUCCGCGUUGUGAGGGAACAUUACCUGAGGGACUCGGUGCCCUGUCACAGCUCCCUGUGCCAGGCGCAGUGCCACAAUGAGGGUAAGUUGCUGCCUGAAGAUGUGACUCAUUUUGUGAUACCUGACUGGAAGGUGGUGCAGGAUUAUCUCGAGAUACUGGAGUUUCCAGAACUGCGAGGAAUUGUCUUCAUGCAGACGGCAUGCCAGGCUGUACAGCAUCAAAAGGGACGCAGACAGUACAAGAAGCUGAGGAACUUGCUGAAGGAUGCUCGCCACGACUGCGUUAUGUUCUUCAACGAAUUCCAACAGUACUCGUACAUGCCAAGGGAGCAGGGAGAGCCUCUGGAAAGAUGGUACACCAGGUGCAUUUACUACGCUACAGUCUGGUAUUACAACCAUUUUGCAGGCCUGAUGCCAGUUGUCAUGGUAACAGAAGACAUGGAAGCCAUUCAGAAGUAUGGGAAUGAAACGGAUGGUGUGUUUGUUGUAUCCUUUAAGAAUUAUUUGGAGAACUUUUGGCCUGACCUGGAAUCUAUACAUGAACUGUAUGAAUCCUUAGUUCAGUCUCGGAAAGAAAGGGAGAGCGAAAGUCAGGAAAAGAAUGGAAAAGAAUAUCCAGAACAUCUCCCUCUGGAAAUACUCGAAGCUGGAAUCAAAUCUGGAAGAUACAUCCAGGGUGUUCUGAACGUCAACAAGCACAGAUCCCAGUUGGAAGCCUUUGUUCGCAUCCAGGGACUGAAUAAUAAAAAUUCAGAGCUGCAGAGUGACCUGCUGGUCUACGGCACGAAGGCUCGGAAUCGAGCUGCCCAUGGGGACGUGGUGGCUGUGGAGCUGCUGCCACGCAGCGAGUGGACGGGGAGAGUGUCCGUACUGUGUGAGAAGGAGUCUGAAGAGAAGGCCUCAGAAGAGACUGAGGUCGAACCAAUGCCCACAGGUAAAGUCAUUGGAAUUAUUCAGAGGAACUGGCGCGAUUACGUCGUGUCUUUCCCACCCAAAGACGACGUACAGUCCCAGGGUAAAAAUGUUCGGAAGAUCCUGGUAACACCUUGGGAUUACAGAAUUCCUAAAAUAAGGAUCGCCACACAGCAAGCUGAAUCCCUUCAGGAUUACCGGGUAGUUGUGCGCAUCGAUUCCUGGGAUUCCACCUCGCUUUACCCCAACGGACACUUUGUCAGAGUUCUCGGGAAAGCCGGAGACCUGGAGACGGAAAUCGCGGCCAUUCUUGUAGAAAACAGCAUCUCAAUCAGCCCGUUCUCCGAAGCCCAGCUACGGGAAAUGCCCGUCAAUACCCCAGAGAAUCCCUGGAAAAUGGACACAGAGGAGCAGGCCCGCCGUGUGGAUCUGCGGAAAACUCACCUGAUCUUCAGCAUUGACCCGAAGGACUGCGAGGAUGUGGAUGACGCGCUCUCCGUCCGAAGAUUAGCCAAUGGGAAUCUGGAGCUGGGCGUCCAUAUCGCAGAUGUCUCCCAUUUUGUCAAACUCAACUCGCAUGCAGAUCUGGAGGCAAGAUCGAGGGCAACCACUUGUUAUCUAGCUGAUCGACGCUAUUACAUGUUGCCAGCGAUCCUAAGUGCUGAUCUGUGCUCUUUACUUGGAGAAACUGACAGGUACGCAGUGAGUGUCUUGUGGGAACUGGACAAAGGCAAAUAUGAAGUCCUCAAGGUCUGGUUUGGCCGCACGAUUAUCAGGUCAGCGUACAAGUUGCAAUAUGAGGCAGCACAGGCUUUGCUGGACAGGUACCUCAAGGUGGCAGAGGACAUCCCCGAGCUCAAAGGGACGGAUGUGAAGGAGAGACAGCGCAAAUUGAACGAGCUGACGUGGGCCGUGGAGAAGCUGACUGAAAUCGCCCGGCAGUUGCGGGCCAAACGUGACCUGGGAGGUGCCCUGGAGCUUGAAACGAUUGAGGUGCGGGUGCAGCUGGACGAGAAGAAGAACAUCGACGACCUGGUCCCCAAACAGCCGCUGGAGGUGCACGAGACGGUGGCCGAGUGCAUGAUCAUGGCCAACCACUGGGUGGCCAAGAAGAUAACCGAGAGCUUCCCUCACCAGGCUUUGCUGCGUCGACACCCUUCGCCACAGCAGGAGUUCUUCACUGCGCUGGUUGAGUGCGCAAAGGCAAAAGGAUUCAAAAUAGACACAAGGUCGAACAAAGCUCUGGCUGAUUCCCUGGACAAAGCGGAGGAUGUGAAUGACCCUUUGGUUAACAGAGUGCUGCGAUCUAUGGCCACACAAGCAAUGUCGAAUGCCCUCUACUUUUCUACUGGCUCCUACUCGCAGGAAGAGUUUUAUCAUUAUGGUCUUGCCUUAGAAAAAUACACUCACUUCACUUCCCCAAUCAGGAGAUAUGCAGACAUAGUGGUACAUAGACUACUGAUGUCAGCGAUAUCAAAGGAUAAGAAGUUGGAACAAGAAGAACCAUUGCUCAGCAACAAGGAUUUGGAGGAGUUAUGUCAACAUAUCAACAACAGGAAUAAGGCUGCUCAUUGUGCACAGAAGCAGUCCGUAGAACUUUUCCAAUGUAUGUACUUCAAGGAUAAAGACCCGUUUACCAAUGACCAAUGUACAGCGGAUGGAAUCAUAUAUUCUAUACGAGCAAAUGGUGUUCUGGUGUAUGUAGCAAGGUAUGGGAUAAAAGGCGCAGUGUACCUGAAGAACAAAGAGGGCCAUGUAAUUUCUGCAAAGACUGAUGGAACGUGUGAAUGGAAGCCUGGCUCGCUCAGGCGCCUUCGAGACAAAGUUAUCUGCACUACAGCUGGAGGAGGAUCUAUGACCUUCACUCUAUUUGAGCAUGUCACUGUAAGAAUAUCUGUAAUAUCAUCCCGAUCCCAUCCUGACAGCAUCAAACUGGACAUCAUCAGCAACCAGCCCCACAAGACACAACAGACAGAACCACUGCAUGGAACAGCAGCCACUUCAAAAGCAGACUUAGUGCAGGAUGUAAUCAGAUCUGCUGAAGAGGCACAACUUGCUCAAGAACAUGCCCGGAGUAUAACCAUCAGAGAUGAAGACCGAGAAUACUGCCAGACCCAAGGGAACAGCCUGUACUCACUGCUGGAAGAAAUCAGGGAAUUAGCACUUUUGGAUGUUAAAGCUGUAUGAGUGAUAUGGUUGUUUUUAAAGUUCCUUUUAAUUGGUAAAAUACUGUGAUUUAAUGUAAAUGAUGUGGAAUUGCACCACUUGUGACAGCAGCUGUGAAAGAACAUACAUAGAAUUGGAGGCUUUUUUUCUAAUUCCCCUCAAUGUUAGUUGAGCAUUUUAGAAGUAAAGAAAAUGGGAUUUUAGAGCUUUUAUUUAGACCAAAUGAAAUGUUGGUUAAUGAGGCUGGUGUGUGCCAGUUGCACUGAUGUAGAAAUUCACAAUUGGUGAACUGAUUUGAGUUUAAUGUAAAUAUUUUUUAUUCAGAAGCAUUUAACUACAAAAA